UUAGUUUUCCUAAAAGCAGCAGCACUGUUGUGUUUUGAUGUCUUGAAAAUGGGUGGAGUGAAACACUCCCUCUGCCAGAGGAAAUAGUCCCUGAGGAAACAUUUGUUUUACACAGCCAAUUAUCACCCUUGUGAUUUUUGGCCACAUUUUAAAAUUUGAAAUGGUUUAUUGCAGUGCAAAGCGAGGGUAAAUCAUAGUAAAUAGGACAAAUUCAAAAUCACUGGUAUGGUCCUUUAACUCCCAUCCUAACAAAAGCUCUAAGGCAGGUUGUACACCCUGAAAGUGAAAGUGAAUAAAGUCAGAUCAUCACCUCUAUCAUAUUGGCAGCACUGACAGGCCGCUUUGUGAAAUGCCAAUAUCAGCCUGAUAUAUCAUCACAUACUGGUCUAAUCCUAGCAACAACAAAAAAAAUUUAUGACCAUACAGCUUAUCACCACGAUUGCCUUACUGUAUGAUGAUGAUGUUAAACUAUACAUUGUAAAAAUUUAAAAGUUACUGAGUGGCCACGCUCCAGUGCAAAGGGCUGACUUUUAGACUACGUCAUAGCAGUGAAAAAUGGAGUAUAAUCUCCUUUGAGUACUAGUCUUUUUUAUGAUUCAUGUCCUCCUGGGCCUGACGGACUGACGUCUUACACUGAUUGCACAGUUAAGUUUCACGGUUUACGUGCCGUUUACAGUUGAGAAGUACAUGGGAAAUGUGAGAACGCCAAAGAAUUUGGAAACUAUGGACAGUUUGAUGUUUGAGACUGUGGUGUUACAACAUGCAUGUGGAUUCUUUUUUCCUUUUUUUGAGGUGUUAAGUAUGUCAUAUUUGAAAAAAGCAAAAUGAGAAGUGAUGUUGAGAAAGUUUUAAAUGUGAAAAUGUUUACAUCACAUUAUACUACCGACAUUGUGGUGAUAAUGGGGUGAAAGGGAAAGGAAAGGAGUCUUAAUCAUGAAAAAAGAUAAGUUUUCUAACUUAUUGAAUUAAUUUAAGGCUUUACUAUUUAUUCAAGAUGUAUCAACUGGAGAACCAGCCACUCAGAUGUGUUGUUUUUUGUUGUUUUCCCUCUUUUAUGUGUUCUGAGUUUGUAGCUUGAAGCGCUUAUGAUAAAUACAGCAUUCUGCUUCCACCACAUUUUCCUUGUGUGUAAAGUAGGUUUUUUUUUAACCCUUACAUGACCGAAUAUGACUAAGAACUCAUUCUUAUUUAUAGCAAUAUAUUAUGUAAGUUCCACUAACGUAGGACCCUUAUUUAACUAUUUUCUGUCUAGGAAAAAGCCAUUGUUCAAGAUCAGUUUUAUGCAUUUGAAGAUUUUUCUUGAAUCAUAUCAACAGCCUUGUCAAGACAUGUUAUUACUGUAAUUGUAAUAUCAGAAAUAACAUAUUUUAUAAUUAGCCAAUGCCAAACAACUCCGUGAAUGUUUUGGUGCAAAGGCCAACAACUUUGUUCCCACAGUGUGAAAUAUUGCCAAAAAAAUGUGAUAACUUUUGACUCCAUCUGCUUCCUUCACUACCAGGAAUUAAGGGACAUUUCCUCUUAAUGGCUAAAAUUAGACCAUGUAUUUUUAUUUCAGCAAGAAUGACAAUUUGGCGUUUUUAGUGUGUGUGUGUGUGUGUGUGUGUGUGUGUGUGUGUGUGUGUGUGUGUGUGUGUGUGUGUGUGUGUGUCUGCCUGUGUGUGUGUGUGCGUGCCUGUGUGUGUUAAAGUUUGCAGUUGGUUUCCAGCCCGUGACUACAUGAUGCCAUGCUCUGACCACCACCCAUUGGAGCUUCUCCAUUCUGUCAAACAGACCCGCCUGAAAUGGACUUAUGAUCCACAGCAAGAUUGGAGUAAAGUUAAUCUGAAAAUUGGUUCUGAGACUGCAGUGCCCGUCUACCAAGCUUGUACAAACAACGACGGACGUAAAACUAUCCUAAGCCAAUGGAUUGAGCGUAAGGACGCCCACCACCUACUGCUGGACAUUGCCUUUGCCCAGGAAGAGGAGCCGUCUGGUCUGCUCAGCCCGAUUGAGGUUCACCUGUUUGACUCGGACACCCCGUUCACCCGCUUUCCAAAUGGUUUGGCAGUCUUAAACCUCCAAACCUCCAGGCCAUUCCCUGCCACAGCCACACAAAUAUCCAACUACCUGAACAGGAGCCAGGGUCUAAACCUUGGGUCUGUCACCCACAAGGGCUUCCAUCUUGGUUUCUCCUACUCAGGGAUGUGUGUGUUUUUAGCAUCUAUCAGACUGUACUACAAGAGGUGCCCUGAAUUUGUUGGGGACCUGGCCAGGUUUGAGAAGGUCGGGGCAGGGGCAGGGCCCCGGGUAGGAUCCUGUGAGGAGGGCGCUGUGGAGGUCUCUGAGCCUGUCAGGGAGUGCAACAUGGAUGGUACCUGGGGUCCACUGCAGGGGGGGUGUAUUUGUGGACCUGGGCAUCAAAGUCUGGAUGAUGCUUGUCAAGCCUGUAGGAUUGGCUACUACAAAUCAGCCAAUGAGAAUGGGACAUGCCAGCUGUGCCCGCCCAAUAGCAAGACAGACAGGGAGGCAUCGGAGGCUUGUGACUGUCGACAGGGCUACAGCCGCCUGCCAAGUGACCCCCAUGACCUGGGCUGCACCAAACAGCCCUCUGCCCCUGUGAACCUAACAGCCCAUUGGCAUAAUGACUCCGUGCUGAUCCUCCGGUGGGAUCCUCCUCAUGACUGGGGAGGCAGACAGGAAGUGAUGUACAGCGUCAAGUGUUUGGAGAAAGUAGGACAGGCUGGCGGUGUGUGGACAGCGUGCGGGGAGGACAUGGUCUUUCUGCCGACCAACACUACAGCAGGACUCACAGGGCUGAACCCACACUGUGACUACCAAAUCUCUGUGAAUGCCUGGAAUGCUCUAACCAUCCACCAGGGGGCGUCAGCUUCAUCCACUGCCACUGUAACCAUCCAUAGAUGGAAAGUUCCUGUGAUAGUCACCGUGGCCCCGGCCCUGAACCUGUCAGAUCCUGUAGUAACAGCAUCUCCUCUGCACCACCGCAGCUUCUCCAUGUGGUUGAUUGGUGUUAUCGUACUUGGAGCCCUCGUCGUUGUGGCUGUAAUGCUUCUUAUUGUUUAUGCUCUGCGCAGCAGCUACACCAAACUCAGGUCUGAACAGGAGUUAGAGCUCUUGCCAAUGAACCCUGAAUUGUCCUACCGGCGUCCUGAGGAGCCAGAACCUGAAGUGCAGCAACCCAGAAUGGUGGAGGGUGUGGUCCAGUUGCUGGAGGGGCUCAGUGACAGGCUGCUGGCCAGUCUGAGGGAGGUUCUGGUGGAGCGACACCAGCUCACCUUGGGCAAGGAGCUUGGCAAGGGAGAGUUUGGCUCCGUUUACGAGGGCAUCUUUUCUCCAGAGGAAGGCUUGGACAUCAAAGUCGCUGUGAAGACCAUGAGAGUUGGAAUUCACAGUCAGGAAGACUUACAUGAGUUUUUGAGGGAGGCAGAGCUCAUGAAGAACUUUGAUCACGAUAACGUGGUCAGGCUUCUCGGGGUCACUUUAGAGCGAGAGCAGGACUCUUCCCUGCCUGUUCCCCUGGUCAUCCUGCCCUUCAUGAAGCACGGAGACCUGCGCCGCUUCCUCAUUGCUACACGCUAUGGGGAUAUUCCCAUGUUUGUGCCCCUCCAGAGUCUCCUGCGCUUCAUGAUUGACAUCGCAGCAGGGAUGGAGUACCUGAGCUCUCAGGGCUUUCUGCACAGAGACUUGGCUGCACGCAACUGCAUGCUGGGGGACGACUUACGGGUGUGUGUGGCUGACUUUGGUCUAUCCAAGAAAAUCUACAGCAGCAAUUACUAUCGUCAGAAAGUGGCUAUCCGUGUGCCGGUGAAGUGGCUGGCCAUGGAGAGCCUGUCGGAGUCCAUCUACACCACCAAGAGUGAUGUGUGGGCCUUCGGGGUGACCAUGUGGGAGAUCGUGUCCAGAGGGAAGACUCCCUAUCCUGGGGUUCACAACCAUGAGCUGCUGGACCUGCUAAUAUCCGGCCACAGGCUCAAACCACCAGAGGACUGUGACCCCAAACUGUACGACGUAAUGCGGAGCUGCUGGAAUAACGAACCGUCCCGGCGACCUGGCUUCAUGGAGCUGGGUGAGACACUGAAAGACAUUCUGAGGGCGCUGCCUGUCCUGGAGGCCAGUGAGGAGGCUCACUACAUAAAUCAGGGCCUGGAGGCGGCUGCUGCCACUCAGGACCCACCGACCGACUUAGAGGGCGCAACUGGGAAUUUCUACCUGCCCGCUCCUAUAGGUGCUGCUGCCCCAAGAGACAAGAGGGAUGAAGAGGAGGAGGAUGAGGGAGGCUACCUCCUGUGUAUUAAAACUGGCUCGGCAGUUACAGAGGAGGACGAGUGCUGAAAAGGACAGUGUUUAAUGAGUUUUUAAAAUGUGCCUCGCAGGGUUAAAGCUGAUUUAUGCUCUUAAAUUGCGUGCAUGACUGUGUGAGAGAGGAUGUUUUACUAUAAAAUCACCAUAAGAUCCACAUAUGAUUUUUUUAUACUACAAGCAUUGCACAGUAUGUGAAAUGAGGACAUUGCUCUGUUAUUUGCUGAAGUGAAUAGUUUUGAAGGCCAAGGUCUACAGCCCGGGUAUAAAAAUGCUCAUUCUCAUCAUUUAUUGUACAUAGCACAACCUCACCAGUAGCUUUUGUGAUGAGAAACUCCAUGCCAGUUUGCUGCAGCUUCCUGAUAGCUCGCCUUCAAUACCUCUCAUAAAACAUUACAGAUGUCCUAUUUGGAAAUGGGAAACUCACAGUAUAAUCAAAUAUGUCUUGAAAUUGUUCACUGGGGAAAAGGAUGCACCAUGCUCUCUGAUAGUUUUUGCAGCAUUUAUGAUAAUGUAUUGUAUUGUAUACAUCCACACCAUUCUGCUACUGGCUCUGCAGAGUUAUGUUAUAUGUGUCUAUAUGUAGAGCAAAAAUACUCACAAAUGUGACUGAACUCUUAGUUUUCUGUUUUCAAAAAGGGGUAUUUAUAAUGGUUUUUGAAAGGAUGAAAAUGGUUAGCUCAUUAUGUUGAAGGCUGGCAAAAGGCUGCAAUACAGCAAUAAUACAGCUUGGCUUGAAAAAAUACCAAACCUAUCCUGCUGUUGGUGAAAGUCAGCCUCAUUUUCCAGAUAGGCCUUUCUCUCUUACAAAGUUUCUGUGGAUAUUUACAUGCUGUUAUUACUUGGUCACCUCAAACAAGACUUUAUUCCCUUUCUUGUAGAUGGCAUUCAAUUCCAUUCAUGAUGACACUUGAACUGUACAAUAUCACAUCCAAACUUCAGGUGUUAGUAAGCUGAGAUGUUCAAGUUGGGGCGAAAGUCUCAUGUUAUAUGCCACUUCCUAGUAGUUGCUGACAUCUGACACAGUUACUUCAACCCAUUCAGCUAUGAAAUACUCUUUGUGGUAUGAGCAAGUUUUAUUGCUCUACAGUUUGUAUACUGUGUCUAAAUCUAAAACAUAGAAAUAAGACCAUUUCAUGAGGAGGAGAAGCAAAUUUGGAUAAGGAGGCUAACAUUUUGCAAAACGGGGAAUGCUUUAGGUGCCAUAUUUGAAGGUACCUCAAACGGUACACCAUUUACUUUAUUUCCCAGCAGGUCUGGGAACAUGAAAAGAUAUCCUCUGUAAUCUUUUGGCCAACCCAGUUUCGUGCUGGCCCACAGAGAAAAAAAUGUAUGGUGUAAAUGUAAUAAAUCUGUGUAUAUCUACUGAGGUAU